UAUUAGGAUUGGAGGAUUUUAUACAUGCAAUGGGCGGAUUCCAAGGCAGAAUCUGUGGAAACUGGCGGAAAAAAAGUUCGCUUUUUUCCGCGGGCAUUUUAGUUUCCCGGUGACGUCACGCAAGACCCACCCCUUCCUUGAAGCCCGCCCUCCCCCUCGUGUAUGUGUGCGGUAUGAGGUGGGGACGGGUCGUGCAGGGAGAUGGGCGGGAGGACUGAAGAAAUGAUGGAAGGAAAUAGUAGUCUCUGUGUCCCUGAAGAAGAAAAUAUGGGGCCUUCUGUAGAAGAAGAAAGUAUGACUGAGGUGGAAAUUAAGCAAGACAAAGGAGAUAGUAGCCAUGCAGAGAAUACAGAAAAUUGCCCUGAUAUGUACAGAUAUAUCAAAGGAGAUUUGUUUACAUCAGAGAUUUAUAAAGUAGAAAUUCAGAACCUUCCAAAAUAUAUUGGCUUUAAUGAUGUAAAGAAAUUUCUUGCCAAAUAUGGACUUAACCCUCACAAGAUAAAACUUUUUGGGAAACAAACUUUUGCAUUUGUGACAUUUAAAAGUGAGGAGGAAAGGGACAAAGCUAUGAAAGUCCUUCAUGGAGUCAUGUGGAAAAGCCGAUAUUUGAGCGUUAGGCUCGCAAAGCCUAAAGCUGAUCCUAUUGUAAAAAAGAGGAAGAAAGAAGUGGAGGACACUGAACAGAGGGAGGCAAAGCAUCCAGCUUUAGCAAAAGACAGUGAAGAGGAGUCUCUCAGUAAACAGAUAGCAGAUGUGGUGACACCUUUGUGGAACAUACCAUAUGAAGAACAGCUGACAAAGAAGAAGCAAGAGUGUGAACAAGUGCUGCAGAAACUGACAAAGGAAAUAGGAAACAACAACAAAGCCCUGUUACCUUGGUUGUUUGUACAGAAGCAGAAGUAUAAUAAAAUCUGUUGCCCAGUAGAGGGAGUGAAAGCAUCACCAUUACAGACUGAAUACCGCAACAAAUGUGAAUUUUUGAUUGGAAUGAGUUUAAAUCAAGAAGACAAAACUGUGGGUUGUCGCCUUGGCAAAUACAAGGGUGGAAGCUGUGCUGUAGUGGAACCAUUUGAGACUAUUCACAUUCCUGCUGUUGCCAAAAAGGUAGUGAAGGCUUUUCAAGACUACAUAAGGACAACCCCUUACUCAGUGUACAGCCUGGAAACCUACGAAGGUCACUGGAAACAGCUCACGGUCCGCACCAGCAAAAAUGGUCAUAUCAUGGCAAUUGUUUAUUUUAAUCCUCAGAAAUUAAGUAAAGAAGAGCUUGACGACAUGAGAACCUCACUGGCAAAAUACUUUACAGAAGGAACUGGAAAGGAGAGUGGGGUAACCUCUCUUUACUUUGUAGAGGAAGGGCAGAGAAAAUCACCCAAUCGUGAAGACUUGCCCUUACAACAUUUGGCUGGUGAUAAGUACAUAUAUGAAGAGCUUCUUGGUCUAAAGUUUAGAAUUUCCCCCCAUGCAUUUUUCCAAGUAAUGUUGGUAAAUACACAGGCUGCAGAGGUUCUAUAUAAAGCCAUUAGAGACUGGGCCCAGUUGAACCAAGAUAGCACUGUGCUUGAUAUUUGCUGCGGAACAGGAACAAUUGGAAUUUCACUGGCAAAGAAAGUGAAGAAAGUUAUUGGAAUUGAACUCUGUCAAGAAGCUGUGGAGGAUGCCAAAGUGAAUGCUCAAAUUAAUGAUCUGAAUAACAUUGAAUUUCACUGUGGAAAGGCUGAAGACAUUGUUCCUUCUUUAAUUAACUUAUUAGCUUCACACAACCUGAUUACAAUUGUAGAUCCACCUCGGGCAGGACUACAUUCUAAAGUCAUUCUUGCAAUCCGACGAGCUGAACACUUGAAGAAGCUCAUCUAUGUAUCCUGCAAUCCCAGAGCUGCCAUGAACAACUUUGUGGAUCUUUGUCGGGCCCCCUCCAAUCGUGUCAAAGGAGCCCCUUUCCGUCCAGUUAAAGCAAUGGCAGUGGAUCUGUUCCCUCAGACUAUGCACUGUGAGCUGCUGAUAUUCUUUGAAAGGGUAGAACAUUCAAAUGGAAACUCUACUGAAGCAAGCCCUGACACAGCUCAGUUCAUGAAUGCAAAUGCAGCAGAUUCUACCCAGGAUGGCAGCAAUAACCCACCUGAAGAGAAAGUAGGAACUCUGUCUUCCACCUAAUGUUGUGGUAGGUCGGGCAAUUUGUGCGCAUGCAUAUAUAUAUGUAUAUACUCCAGGCAACCAUCUUAACCUAUUGAUUUCAUUCUAAGAGAUAGAAGUUACUUUUGAUAGUGAAAGAAUGUUGCAGUUUGAGGAAUCAGCAGAAACACCAUACAAGUUAACCUCUGUACACAUAAUAAUUACCUGACUUGCAGCUGAUGAAGGCUUUCAGUUAAGUAUAGUGACAGCAGCAGUUUUCAACUCAGUGAACAAAGAUUAGUUUAACUUUAAGAUGCUUAAAACAAUCCAGUUCCUACAAGGAAAAUAACCUUAUUAUACACAACUUGGAUCAAAACGUGCUAUUUUCACUUGUGCACACAUACUCCUGAAAGAUGUCCCAAUGCCUUCAGUGUAAGGCCAGCAUGACUUUAACUGAAUACUUUGCAUGUUCUUCAUAAAAUCACUGCCCAGGUAUAGUACUAGGAGUCAGACAUGUGGAUUCCCUCCAAAAGUUGAGUGAUUGUAGCAUGGUUUUUUAUGCCAAGAAAUUUUUUUUGUUUGAAAAUAGUAUGGAAGAUGAGUGAUAAAUAGCUGAUAGCGAACAUCAUUUAAUGUCCAUCUGGCAGAUCGGCAAUUUUGUUGAACAGGAGACGUUUGCUUUGCAGACCAGUUUAAAUAAAUUUGAUUUUUAAAAGACUGUUGAAUUUUCCUUAGCCUGGAUGUUGAUUUGAAUUAAAGAGGUUUGAGUUGGCAGUU